UGCCCUCUCGGGGCGGUGCUGAGGGCGGCCACCGGCCCGGUCCGCCCCGUUCCCUCGGGUCCGCACUGGGCUGGUGCCUCCGGCGGUGGCGAAUCUGCUGGGCCGGUCCCGCUGCUAAAGCGGUUUGGGCGGUUGUCAGGGAGAAGCAAGAUGGCGGCAGCGGCGGCGGAGGAGGAUACGGAGCUGCGGGACCUGCUGGUGCAGACGCUGGAGAGCAGCGGGGUGCUCAAUAAGAUUAAGGCUGAGUUACGAGCAGCUGUGUUUUUGGCAUUAGAAGAACAAGAGAAAGUAGAGAACAAAGCACCUCUGGUAAAUGAAAGCUUGAAAAGUUUUUUAGGUACAAAAGAUGGUCGCUUGGUAGCAGGUCUUGUUGCAGAAUUUCUACGGUUUUUCAAUCUUGAUUUUACUUUAGCUGUUUUUCAGCCUGAAUCAAGCACACUAAAUGGCCUUGAUGGUCGAGAAAACUUAGCUCGAGAUUUGGGAAUUACAGAAGCAGAAGGUACUGUGGGUGCUCCCCUGUUGUUGGAGGUUGUUAGGAAGUGUCAGCAGAAAAAGAUUUCAGGUGGUGGAGAAGUGGCUCCAGUUCUAAGUGACAGCCAGUGCCCCACAUCAAAAUCAUCUGAUGGAAGGUCAAGUGCACACUCUCUACCAAAUAAGGCUGCUGAAAACACUCAGAGUGACACAAGCAUCUCAUCAAGGGAAACGAGCAAAAGAAGUAUUAAUUUUCUGCCUAAUGAAACAAAACUAGAUUCUCAACUAGAAAACAAAGAUUUGAAUACCAAAGAAAAAAGAGAUCCAGUUGUGGAUGAAGAUGAUGCAGAAGGAGAUUCUUUCUUUGAUGACCCUAUACCCAAACCAGAAAGAACUUAUGGCUGGAAAACCGAAGCCAAUAAAGUAGGAGGUCUAGCAUCCCUUUCUGAUGCGCCACCUCUAAAAAGUGGAUUAAGCUCCCUGACUGGUGCACCUUUGCUAAAGGAGUCUGAUGAUUUGGACAGAAACUCUGUUUUGAAAGACCUGCGGUUGGUGAAUGCAAAGCUGGGAUCACUGGAAUUAGGAAAUGGAGAUGAUGAUGAAUAUGCUGAUGACUUCAACAGUACAAGUCAUCGCUCAGAAAAAAGUGAUAUCAGUAUCGGUGAAGAAAUAGAUGAAAUUUCUGUGGGAACGGAAGAGUCAAAUGUCAGUGACAAACUCGAAAGCAUCACGCAAGACCUUACCAUUUCUCAGUUUAGUGAUGUUGCAGAUUAUCUAGAAGAUGUGGCAUAGAAUUGGAGAGCAACAAUAUUUCAUUGUGCUGGCCUUGAAGACUUCUGCGGACUAUUAAUUUCAGACAAUCAUCUUUUGCUGAAAUGUCCACUCCCUAUUUGUGCCUUGUGUUUCAAAAAGACUAUAGGUGAAGAAGGCUUUUAAAUAGCCUUAACAAGAACUAAAUGGAGCGGUGCAUUCCCAUUUGAGUCUGAUAUUAGAAUUACUUUCUUCAUUUGGUUCUGCCAAUCCUUUCACGGCAGGAGGUGGAUUUUCCAAGCAGAAUGUCCAUUGCUGGCAGUGGACAUAAUAAAAACCAACUGAUAAGAGAAAAUCGAGAGAGAGGCAUGUGGCUUUAUAGUGAACUUGCACUGUUAUUUUAACAGUCAGAUUUUGGGUUUUUUUUAAAGAUAACCAAAGCAAGAACCUUCAAAGGUAGUGGUUCAACUCACAUUUCUUUGAACACAAUCUUGUCAAGUCAGCAUGUAGUAUAUAUUUAUGGUAACUCUAGCCACGAUACCUGAUUAUUCCAGACUUACUUGAAAUUGCUGUUUUGGAGACUCUGCUGAAAGUUGGACUUUACGUUUUUUAAAGGCAUAUUAAAUUGAAUUAAACUCUUUAAUCUAAAUUUAGCUCUAUUUAGGAGCUAAAUUUAGCACCAGUCUUAAAUCAGAAUAUUCUUGUUUAAAUAUGUUUGUCAGACCAUUGAURUUAAGACCUAAGCUGUUUUUAUAUAUGAUAAUUUCAUCAAUGUUUGCUGUUGUUAAAUCGUGAAAAGUAAUUUUGUAAAGAUUCGCAAAUCGGUAACUAAAUCUUAUGGGGUUGUAUUAAGUUUUUAACAGUGUGUAAUGCUUAGUGGAGCUUUUAUUAUUAAGGGCUCUUCUCAGUUGUAAGAUCACUUUCAUUCUUGAAAAUAUUUUAAGUAAAAAUGAGUACCAAAAAGUGAAACUUCUAACCUGCUUUUCAGAUUCUGACUGCUGUACAAAGUUAAAUGCAAAUAUUUAAAAAUACCAUUCUGAAGACAUUAUGGACACUAAGUUCUAGCUAAGAGCAAAUGUAUUUUCAUGAUACUCUUGCAGAACAGGGUCAGUCAUAGAAACAUUGAUAGUUCUUUAACGAUACCAUUAUUGGUAUUGCAAGUGGCGCUGCUAUAAUGUAUAGGUCAUGGACAUUUGUAAUACUGAAACAAGACUUCAAAAUGUGCACUUUCUGAACAUUGUGAACACAUCUGGAAAAUAGACAUGUAAGCGAAUAGAAAUAAUUUAAUUUUACCUUUUCUUCUCUUUUUAGGCUUUGUAAUUUUCUUUUUCAGGAACACUGUUGGCCUGUCAUCAGUAGUCGCCUCCAGUGGAAGUAGCAUGCUAAACUAAAGACAUUGGUUAAGCAGGKAAUACUGCUACUAGCACUGGAAGUUGACGUAAUUAUUUUUUUUCUCUGGGCCAGCAGGCCUGGAGCAGUGCUAGGAAGUUAGGCUUGUACAUUACAUAAAUGAUCUGAGAGGAGAUAGAAAAAGUGUGCCUUUUAUUUAUGUUCACCCCAAAAAUAGCCAGCAAAAAAGUGUCAGAGUAUUUAGUCAUGGUAUUAACUAUUAACUUUAUGCCAUAUUGUAGCAGCGGAACAUGGAGGAGAAAUUUUUUCACCCCAAAAAGUCAAUGUGCCAUAACUUCGAAUAGAAACAAUGUUGUAACACACGACAUAACCUGUUAAAAAUACAUUUAAAGAUGGGGGAACCUGUGCCUCAAGAUACUGUGUAUGAAACUCUUGGACUGGACAUUUUUUUCCCCUUUCUUUUUCCUUAUUUUUUUCUUAAGAAGAGCACCAGCAUGUCUGAAUGAAAUAAAAUUCCACAUGAACAAUUGUUUUAUGGCAUUCAUUUUUAAGGUGUAUGGAAUAAUGCAGAGACAGUAUUGUUUGCUUUUUUACAUGCCUUGGGAAAACAUGAUGUUGCAUUAACUGUUAGCUGUAGGAUAUGUGGCAAUUUAUCAAAAGACACCAGAAGUUUAUUAAAAUAUUUCUAAUUGCAUUUGAAGAUGUGGCCUUUUCAAUAACUGAUUASUAUUUUAAGCUUUAGCAUGACUUGUGUUAACAGCAAGUAUUGGGAGUUAAUUGGAGCUCUUGCACUUUGGCUCUAAUUGAMGGAAAUACCAAAAAGUGGUAAGUCUCCAUACUGUUCCUCCUGCUUUUACUUAAUUGUAAAUAAUAAUUCAAAUUGUAAAAUAAAGCUGUUAUGCUGGCUGAAUUGUGUUUUGAAACUUGUUGAACCAGAAAUCUUGACAUUUAGAUAAAUUAAACGCUGUGGGAUUUGAGGGGUUUCAUAAAGAGUGCCUUUUUUUUAUAGUCCAGUCUGCAAUUGAGAAUUCCUUCAAACCCAAAGGCUCUUGCAAUUCCUGAUGAUGAAUCUGAUUAAGACUUGACUGAAUUACAUCAGUGGGAUCAGGCCAAGUUGUCAUAUGGUCUGUGAUUCAACAGGCAAAAAACCAAUCCUGACUGGCAAAAUUUUGUGUUGUUUAGCACUGUUAGAGGUAUUUAAUCAUGAAUGACAGGUUAAGCUUUUUUGAAUGCUGUUUCACUGUAUAUUUCAAACUAUUGUUUAGUAUUUCACCUUAGGCUUCUCCCUGAAGGACCAAUGAAGGACCAAAUUGAGUAUCCCAACUCAGAUACAUUAGAAUUGAAAACCAGAGCCCUGUCAUAAAAGAAGGGAACAUUUCUGUGCGCAGAGAAGCAAGUGUCUGAGAUGGGCAUUGAUGACUGCUCUGUGCAGUUCUGUAUCAACUAGGUCUGGUUAGAAAUACUCUUAUUUUUCUUAAACACUCUCUAAUUUCUUUAACUAAUCCUGUGAUUUUUCAGAAGUAGAAAUUUAAGGUUAAGACUAUGGCUGACAGUUUCAUAGCAUUAAUAUGGUUCUUAUAAUAAGGAUGGGUUAUAAAAAUUAGA